AUGUCUCAGCUACCCACCGAUUUUGCUUCAUUGAUCAAGAGAUUCCAAUUUGUCAGUGUCCUGGAUUCUAACCCACAAACAAAAGUCAUGUCCUUGUUGGGAACAAUAGACAAUAAGGAUGCUAUUAUUACGGCUGAAAAGACGCAUUUUCUGUUUGACGAAACCGUGAGAAGACCCUCCCAAGAUGGCCGUUCCACUCCAGUUUUAUAUAACUGUGAAAACGAGUAUUCUUGUAUCAACGGAAUCCAGGAAUUAAAAGAAAUUACGUCCAACGAUAUCUAUUAUUGGGGAUUGUCUGUGAUAAAGCAGGAUAUGCAAUCCAACCCUACUGCCAAGCUGAAUUUAAUUUGGCCUGCUACUCCAAUUCAUAUCAAGAAGUAUGAACAACAAAACUUCCAUUUAGUUAGGGAGACCCCUGAGAUGUACAAGAGAAUUGUUCAGCCCUACAUCGAAGAAAUGUGUAAUAAUGGUAGACUCAAAUGGGUCAACAAUAUUCUUUAUGAAGGUGCUGAAUCCGAAAGAGUUGUUUAUAAAGAUUUCUCUGAAGAAAACAAAAACGAUGGGUUCCUAAUAUUACCUGAUAUGAAAUGGGACGGUAUGAAUCUGGACUCUUUGUAUUUGGUUGCAAUCGUUUACAGAACCGAUAUUAAGACAAUAAGAGAUCUAAGAUACUCUGACAGACAAUGGUUAAUUAACUUGAACAACAAAAUUAGGUCCAUUGUCCCCGGUUGUUAUAACUAUGCUAUUCAUCCGGAUGAGUUGAGAAUUUUGAUUCACUAUCAACCUUCCUAUUAUCAUUUCCACAUUCACAUUGUCAACAUAAAGCAUCCUGGUUUAGGAAACAGUAUUGCUGCUGGCAAGGCGAUCUUAUUGGAAGACAUCAUUGAGAUGUUAAAUUAUUUAGGACCUGAAGGUUACAUGAACAAGACUAUCACCUAUGCUAUUGGUGAAAAUCAUGAUUUGUGGAAAAGGGGUUUGGAAGAAGAACUCACCAAACAGUUGGAAAGAGACGGUAUCCCAAAAAUACCCAAGAUUGUGAACGGCUUUAAAUAA